AUGCCUGAUUAUCUGGGAUCCGACCAGAGAAAAGUGAAGGAAAAGAAAGACGAAGAGAAGGACAUCAAAGCUCUCGAUGAAGGAGAUAUCGCCCUACUGAAAACUUAUGGUGCUGCGUCAUAUAGCAAAGAGAUAAAACAGUGUGAAGAAGACAUACAAACAUACAUGAAACGUGUUAACGAAUUGACUGGAAUUUUGCAUAACGCUGAAUUUACAGGUCUCAAGGAAUCAGACACAGGUCUAGCUCCUCCAGCUCUUUGGGAUCUGGCGGCCGAUAAGAAUGUGUUGACCAAUGAACAUCCUCUUCAGGUUGCCCGCUGUACCAAAAUAAUCAACGCCGAUUCCGAAGAGCCAAAGUACAUAAUCAACGUAAAGCAGUUUGCCAAGUUCGUGGUCGAUUUAGCCGAUACUGUCGCCCCUACUGAUAUUGAAGAGGGCAUGCGUGUUGGUGUGGAUAGGACGAAAUACCAAAUACACAUUCCUUUGCCACCGAAAAUCGACCCCAGCGUUACAAUGAUGCAGGUGGAAGACAAACCCGACGUCACCUACAGUGAUGUGGGAGGGUGUAAAGAACAAAUAGAGAGAUUGCGGGAGGUUGUUGAGCUGCCCUUACUUCACCCGGAGCAGUUUGUGAAUCUCGGUAUUGAACCACCAAAAGGAGUCCUGCUCUUCGGUCCACCGGGUACUGGCAAGACACUAUGUGCGAGAGCUGUGGCAAAUCGAACCGAUGCGUGCUUCAUCCGAGUGAUCGGUUCGGAACUGGUUCAAAAAUAUGUGGGUGAGGGCGCGCGCAUGGUACGAGAGCUUUUCGAGCUUGCCCGGAGUAAGAAGGCGUGCAUAAUAUUUUUUGAUGAAAUCGACGCGGUCGGAGGUGCACGUUUCGACGACGGAGCUGGCAGCGAUAACGAGGUGCAACGAACGAUGCUAGAGCUGAUCAAUCAGCUGGACGGUUUCGAUCCACGCGGGAACAUUAAGGUCCUCAUGGCCACUAACCGCCCAGACACCCUUGAUCCUGCGCUCGUACGACCCGGUCGGCUGGAUCGGAAAGUUGAGUUCAGUCUACCCGAUCUGGAAGGUCGUACACACAUUUUUAAGAUACACGCGCGCUCCAUGUCCGUUGAGAAAGACAUCCGGUACGAACUUCUUGCUCGACUUUGUCCGAAUAGCACAGGUGCCGAAAUCCGCAGCGUCUGUACCGAGGCUGGUAUGUACGCGAUCCGCGCCAGACGAAAGAUGGCAACUGAGAAGGACUUUUUGGAGGCAGUCAACAAAGUGAUUAAAUCAUACGCUAAGUUCAGUGCCACACCGAGAUACAUGACUUACAACUGAUGAUCGUUGGUGUUAUGUUCAACGUCGGUUAAUAUAACUUAUUUCCCCGCCU